AUGAGAAUUCUCAAUAGUCUCGUGUUGCUUUUCUGUUCGGUGAGCCCAAUUCUCGGAGCCACGUGCAAUUGCUCUUCGAAAUGCGUGAGGCGCUCGUCGAUGGCGUUGAAGGGACGCAUUCAGCAGGAGAACUCGGAGAAUCCGGCCAUCGAGCCCAAGUUGGCACUCGUCGCGGUCGUGUACGUCGAGGGAAUCGAGUACGAGGAGGGCAGAUACGACGUGUUGAAGGUAACUUGCGAAGCGGAGAGUAUCCGAAUUGAAACGUGUUGGCAAAAGUUGCAAAAUUGAGUGUGUCACCUGAUUUUAUAGGAAUUUUAAAGUAGUCUGCGUGUAUCAUCCUCAUUCUUUCCAAACUUUUUGAAGAGAGUUACCGUAAAUACUGUACUAGAAGGGUUCCCUUUCACUUUCCAAUGUACACUCCAUUUCAACAAAACGAUUUUAUCUACAGAACGAGUCCUCGCUGUCGAUAGACUGGCUCCCAAUGUCCCACGACGUCGUCGAAUCAUCGCGAAGACCGCCGACCCUCAAAAAUGUGCAUUGGGUGGAUGUUGGCCAGGAGACGAGUGCAAUAGUCAUUGAACUGCUCUUCGAUCUGCUCAAUAUGAAGUUGAGAUCCACUUAUGAGAUUCGGGUGAGUCAGCUUUAGAGAACUGUGUCUAGAAGUAGCUAUUACUUUGUCACCAAUUUCUACAUACAUAUUUUUUUAAGGUAAGUUCAAUAUACGACGCCAAGUGUGAUCGGAUGCUCGAUUUGACGAGUCAUGCAGCGUUGAAUGUCACUUUUGCAUGUGAACGGAUUAUUGGAACCGAUUGUAGAGAUGCCAUCAAAAGUAUGCACAUUUUUUGAAUCUUGUGGUUCUCUACUAGUCAGAAUCAAGAAAUCUUGACUUUAGACGCCUAUAUCUUGAGAUAGAAUAGUUAUUUUACAAAAUGAUCAACUGCAAAGUUGUUGCAAAUUUUGUGCCCAACAACUUUGUAAUAGAUCAUUUCAUUCCACAAUCUGUUAUUCUUGAGUUAUAACCCAGUUUCUAAACAUUACACGUUCAAAAAUUCAGUCGAUCAUCAUCCGGUGUGCAAUCUGAUGCGAAACUAUCAUACUCGAGUGGUGGAGCACGAGAAUCACGUGGAUCAGGUGGACGUGUUGAUAUCGAUCGAAAAAAAUGAUCAUCGCCUGAAAAAGAUGCGCUAUUUUGUGGCGUACCACGGUGAAUGCGAGGGCGGAAUGGUCACGAAGAACGGAGAGUGUGUCGUCGACCUGCAGACAUCGACAAUAUCUCGAUUUUGUGUUCCGAACCGCGCAAAUUGUACUAAAUAUGUAUGCUAAAAAAACAAAAUGUAAAAACCGUUAUUUGCCACGUUUAGAAUCGAAAAUUCUCGGUCACAAUUGACGAUUACAACGUGGCAACACGGUACGGAGUUCAAAUUUGUGGAGUUUUGGAUCAUCGCUUCGAGAGCCCGCCAAUAGUCGGCGGGAUCAGCAAAAUCGCCGCCGACGCUCUGACCGGUACGUAAAUUGUCGUCGAAUCCGAUGUACCCACGCAUAAAAACGAUUACAGUAUCGCGAACAUCCGCCUCUCUGUCAGUGGCUCCGGCCGCCGAUUCGCUCCUUCGAACUUUGAUCGGCUACGCUUUCGUUUUAGCGUUUUUACUGAUAAUUUUGAUAAUUUUCGUCAGCUACAAAUGCGCGACAGGACGAUGGUGUAAAGGUGCCGGCGCGCAGAGGUAUGCCAAAAAAAUGCGUCAGCUACAAUAUUCAAAAAUCUUAAAGUGAUCAAUUUUUGAUGGAUGAAAGCAGUUUGACACUAUUUGAAGACCGUGUAAUCGGAAAAGGACGGUUUGGAACUGUUUAUAUCGGUAACUUUAGAAAAUAUUGAUAUUAUCGAUCCAAAUAAAUUGUUUUAGGCCAACUAUCUCCGGAUUGGCAUGGAACUGCGGUGCUAGAUGAUCAGCAGAGGGUCGCUGUUAAGGUAAAAAACACAAAUAAACUUGGCAAAAGAGUUUUGCCACCUAGUGGCUUUGAACCCGGGCCUUGAGAUUGCCACCCACUUUAGCACCUGACUAUACAGGCCUCUGGGCUAGUUUUCAGUGCUGAUUUCGAAUUUUCCACUCAAAAAUUGUAAAAUCUUCCAGACUAAUCGAUAUUUGGACAAAACUCGCAAACGAGACUUUUUCGAUGAAAUCGAAGGAGCCAAGGAGGUGGGAAGACACUCGCGCAUUUUGAGUUUUAUCGGAACGGUCGUCAAAAACGGAAAUGUACUUCAUGUCAUGGAAUAUUGUGCAAACGGAAACCUUCUGGAUUAUCUGAUUAUGAAGAGGAAGUACAUGGUCGAGGUAUACAAUUUUAUUUGAAAAAAAAACAAAAAAAAACUGUUCUCAAUUAGUUGACCACCAUUUUCAGCUCCAAGAAAAAGGGAUCGAUCUGAACGAAUCGCUGCCGAGCCUAAACGAAAUCGACUUCGACGACGUCAUUUCGCUCCACGACCUCUACCGUAUCUCUUCGCAAAUUUGCACGGCCAUGAUGUACCUGGGCUCGAAAAGCAUUGUGCACAAUGCGCUUUGUGCCCGCCACGUCAUGAUAACCUCGGAUCACAAUGUGAAAUUGGCGGACUUUGGCAGCAUCUCGACACCGUCCACGCCGAACUGGUUAGCUGGGUUUCAAAGUGGCAUUAGGGCUCCGAAAAUGUUCUGAAUUGAAAGUUCAGGUCUAGCACUGUAUUUUGUCAGUUGACCAUUUUUCUGUACAACCACACGGAAAAGAACUGUAGCUCUUGGAAGUAGCUAUUGACAACUCCAACUUCAAGCACAUGCAGUACCCUUGGGAGAGGUGGUACAAAAAAGUUGUCAACUACAAAAAUAAACUACCAGAUGUGAACUUUAUUUUUGUAGUUGAGCAUUUUCUUGUACAACCACUCCCCGGGUUACUGUAGCUUGUAGAAGUUUGGCAACUAUUGUCAACUUCCAAGAGUACCUGACUUUCAAGAGCUACAGUUGUUCAGAGGAACAUCAUAGAGAAACGUGAUCAACUGACGUAAUACACUUUCAAACAUAAACUUUUCAUGUAAACAAAGUUCAGGACCAUAAACCACUCUUUCCAGCACUCCCAUCGAAAACCAACACAAAUGGUCGAGUCUGGAGCUUCUGCGCGGCGAAACAGCCACGCAGCUAUCGGAUGUCUGGUCGUUCGGAGUCGUACUUUGGGAAAUAUUCACGAUGGGCGGUCGACCGUACUACAACGUGCCCGAUAUCGGCAUCCGAGGCCUCGUGGAGAAGGGAUUCCGGCUCCAGAAGCCCGAAGGAUGCACCAUACAAGUUUAUCAGCUGAUGCGCGAAUCGUGGCUCGACAAUCCGGCCGAUCGACCACCGUUUGCCCAGAUUUCGCAGCGAAUUUCGAAUUUCGCACGACAAGACCCGAGCACUGCACCCAAAAACUUUAUUACGGUGAGUAGACUUUUUGUAAAAAUGAUUUGCACUAGAGUGGGUUCGAACCCCCAAAAUCGUCUAGAACGCGCUGGUUUUUGUGCCGAUUUCGAGUGUUCCACUCAUUUUCAGAUCUCAACGCUCUGCGACUAUUACCUCGAUGAUCCGACGCGUGACGCCGUCGCAACCUCAUCUUUGCCACGUCGACAACAAACGCAUUACGACGCGGCGGCACUGAUUUCCGAAUCCGAACGUCUUCUGGGAUACCGUUUAUAA